AUGCCCAGGUCAGCGAAGGAAGUACUCGAUUAUGUCGUGAACAUCUUCUUCACCCACAAUACAUGGCAUGAAACAGCCGCUAAACUCAAGGCCAAUCCCAUUUUCUUUGGAUCUGACCUUGAGCGACUUGCGCUUGGUGAAGACUGUCACGAGCUUCAUCUCGCAGCUGCAUCCAUGGACUGGACCGGAGAUAUCCAACACGAAGCCAGGCUGGUCGACUCGCUGAGAUGGCCGCGGUUCAACAGCUCUGGGGGCCUCUUGCGCCAUCAGGGCCCGGGUCCGCGGUUUACGUUGAACAUUCAAGAGGAUAGGGAUGGUAUGGACGACCAUACCAGAGUUUGA